UCUUCUGCUCUGUAUAUUUCUUUUCAUUCUCUUAAGCUCUUUUGAUCCCUACCCUCCAGCUGCAUGGCUUCCAAGCCCCGAACAGUUGAAGAGAUCUUCAAGGAUUUUAGAGCCCGAAGAAACGCUAUUAUUCGCGCACUCACUCAUGACGUUGAUGAAUUUUACGGACUCUGUGAUCCAGGUAAGGAUAACUUGUGCCUCUAUGGACAUCCAAACGGGGCCUGGGAGGUAGCUCUGCCAUCGGAGGAAGUUCCACCGGAGCUCCCUGAGCCAGCUCUUGGAAUCAAUUUUGCCAGGGACGACCUGAGCCGCAAGGACUGGCUUUCUCUGGUUGCCGUGCAUAGUGAUUCAUGGCUGCUUGCAGUGGCCUUUUACCUUGGAACUCGGCUUAACCACAACGAAAGAAAACGCCUAUUUGGUUUGAUCAAUGCUCUUUCCACUGUUUUUCAAGUUGCUACUGGCAAUAAACCAAUUAAGGAGAAGCUGACAAUGGAUAGCGGAAGCAAAUCUGAUGUAAGCAUCGAUGGAGCCAUGAUGAAAGGUGAGCCUAUUAAAAUAUUUUGUGGAAGCUGUGGUGGAAAAUACACUGGAGAUGAACUUUGGAUCGGUUGUGAUAUAUGUGAGUGGUGGUACCAUGGGAGGUGCGUUAUGAUUAACCCUGCAAAGGCUGACACCCUAAAGCGCUAUAAAUGUCCAGCAUGCAGCUUGAGGAGGAGCAGGUCAAAGACUGAAGACAAUGAAAUGGGAAUAAGUGACUCAGAUGAACCUUGUUUCAUGGCUGACAAGAUCACAAGAUAGUGCAAUACAGUUACUUCACUUGUAGAGGUUCAUUUAGUAUAUAGAAUAUAGAGUAUAUGACAAAUUUCAAUCGGAUAAUUAGAUGAUGAUAUUUUCUUCAAUUUACACAUUGUAAUUUUGUUUUAUUUCAAUGUUGUUUCACGAAGAAAAAGGUGGCCGUUUUCAACUUUUAUCC